GGUGUUUAAGGUUUUAAUGUUAAGAGUAUUUUUACCACCAUCUCAAUAUUACAUUACAUUUUCGUGUACGAAAACAUGUGUAUAGUUUUCAAUCAUGGAUAAUAAAUCAGCUAUAAGUUCCAAUCUACCUAUGGUUAUUAAGAGAUGUCCUAAGCGUAGAAACAGAAAGGUCCAAUACAAUGAGGAAAACCGAAUAAUGAGCAAAAGGGGCCGAGUCAAUGUCUACCUGUACAAAAUUCCUCACAAAUCAAUUCGAUACGUUCGAGAUUUAUGGAACACAUUGGUAAACAUGCGAUGGCGUUGGUUGAUGCUAACAGUUUCAUUGAUUAAUGUGAGCGCAUAUUUCUUAUUUGCUGAACUUUUUUUACUUGACGCUUGGAUCAGUGGAGAUUUUAGUGAAUCACUAUGUAAUCACCAUAAAUGUAUAAAUGGAGUUCACAAUUUUACCAGUUUUUUCAUGCUGGGUAUUGAAACUAUAACCACCACAGGAUAUGGUUACUUCCACCCCACCGAAAACUGCACUUUGGUUUGGACCAUUUUAACAUUUAGCACUCUUGUGACAAUUUUUAUCGAUGGUGCUUUUAUAUCAGUUGUGUAUGUUAAAAUUAGCAGACCUGCAUAUACGAUAAAUAACAGUUUGUUUAGUAAAAAAGCAGUGAUUUGUUUACGCAAUGGUGCUCUAUGUUUGAUUUUUCGUAUCAAUGAUAGUACUGGAAAACACUGGAUAGGGAGUCAAGUAAACUUAUUCCUAAUAACACAAAAGGUAACCAACAAUGGUGAACUUCUUCCAAACUUCAUAGUAGAACUAAAGUUACAACCAUACGGUGUGUUAUUUUGGCCGACUGAAAUCGUUCAUGAAAUCAGUUCUGAAAGUCCACUUUGGAAUACUUCGGCACAGGACAUUCUAUUGAACAAAUUUGAGCUAGUGGCAACGCUAAGCGGAAGUUCUGUUCUUACAGGUCAAGCAUCAAAAAGUCAGACGUCUUAUUUGAAUGGCGAAAUUCUUUGGGGAUAUUGGUUUAGUUCGUGCAUGAACUAUGACAACGCUAAAUGUGAAUACACUGUUAAUAAAAAGAAGUUUGAUAAGACAGUUCUGUUGGAUACUCCACUUUGUAGCGCUUGUGAUUUGAGUAAAAUCGAAAGAGAAAUUUUUAAGAAAAGUUUAUCGAUUGACUGUCUUUAUUUUCUAACCGAUUGCCAAAUAAAAUAAAAGUGUAGUUAUUUUGAUUUUGUAGAUUAAAUUUAUUUUGCACUG